GUAACAUUCAAAGUUUGAAACAACACAAAUUUUCUUUCAUUCAGUAACUAGCUAGCUCUGAAACACUCAUGGCAUCAGUUAUUCCUCCUCCAUCUUUUACACCAAAAAUCCCUCAACAAAACCACGACGUUUUCCUCAGUUUCAGAGGCAUGGACACUCGCUACACUUUCACGAGCCAUCUGUAUGCCGCGUUAACAAGAUUCCGAAUCAAAACUUACAUCGACAACGAGCUUGAAAGAGGUGAUGAAAUAUCACCUUCACUUCUCAAGGCAAUUAAUCAUGCAAAGUUAUCGAUAAUUGUUUUCUCAGAAAACUAUGCUUCUUCUAGAUGGUGUUUGGAAGAGCUUGUGAGUAUACUGAAAUGCAAGAAUAACGAUGGUCAAAUUUUAGUACCGAUUUUCUACCAUGUUAACCCAACAAAUAUAAGGAAUCAGACGGAAAGCUGUGGAGUUGCUUUGGCUGAGCAUGAAAAACGUACGGACAUGGAUAAGGUUCAAGCAUGGCGGCUAGCUUUGACAGAAGCUGCUAAUAUCUCUGGAUGGGUUUGCUUUGGCAAAAGGAACGAGUCUAAACUAGUGGAGCAAAUUGCAAUGGACAUAUUACAAAAGCUGGUCAUGAUAACUUGCCGGGAAUUAGACAGACACAUCAACACAUACAAGCAAAUCGCAAAACAAAAACUCAAGAAAUCCCUCAGAACAGGGAAUCUCGCGGACAUGGAAGAAUUGAUUACACCAUUAUACAAACUUGCAGAGUUCAAAUUGAAGAAAGCAUUCUUAAAAAAAAAAAUUAAAAUUUUGAAGAAAGAAUCAAGUUCAAAUGGUUCAAGUGUUUGGGUGAUGUUUUGGGUACGUAUGAACGUAUCUUGCAGGGAGAUCUGAGAACAUCCAUCCACGAUAAGGCGGAAUUAUACUUUUUACACUGUCGCUGAAUUUUAAUUUCAUUAAAUCCUUAAUAUACAGUGAAGUAUUUUUUUUGUCUUUAUAAAUUAAAAACUUUUAAGUUUACUUUCUUUUUUAAUAAUGUUAUUACCAUUUUAAUCAUUAAUAAAUUGACCGUUAAUAAAAAUUCCAUUCUGACAUCAAAAUAUUGGUUAUAA